AUGUCUGUAAACGAUAAAUUCGUUUUGAAAUCGACAAAUGCCGAUUUUAAUUUGCGACAGAAGAAUGUAUUCGAUCAAUUAAAUGCGCUCGAGAGCGGCAGAAAUCAGACGAGCCCGAGUAAUGACGUCGAAAUGGACACAGACGAGCCCGAUGGGCACGAGGCGCACACCCCGAGACAGCAAAGAUCCAUAACGAAGCGAUUGAGAGGAAAGGAGAGCAUAUUUAAAAAACCCCAAAAUCCGGUGCCUAAGAACUACAUCAACCGAAUACCCGAUUUCAAGAAGAACCCGCACAAGUGGACGAGGUAUUCGCUGGAUGAUGUAGAAGAGGUCUCUGACAGAAGUAACACGAAAGCGGCGUUGUCUUUUCUCGAAGAACUGAAUCACAGGAAGCUAACGGAACCCGCCGAAGACGAGGAAGCGACCGAUUUAACUAAAAAGAUUGUUUUCAAAAAACAAACCAGACCCAUCGAGACUGUUUCGAGGAUAUCGAAAGAGGAACCGGAAAAAUUAACGGGAGGCUUUAAGAGCUCCAAAGUUUUAAUGCCCGAAUACGUCGUAGGGCAGAAAGUUAAAAAGGACAAGAAGAAGAAAACUAUCAUGUUAGGAAAAGAGUUAAAAUUAGAUCAUCUUUACGAAGAUGAGUAG